AUGCUUGCAAUCCGCAACAAACCAGCCGUGGCAAAGCGUCCUUUAGACCGAGGAUCUCCAGUCUCCCGAACCAAUGCAGUCAACAUUGGCUCAGCGUUGUCCCGCCGAGCCGAGCGUUUACCGAACAGCUGUGACGCAUUCGAAGAAUAA